UUCAACGGAAAUUUCUCUAGAUAACGGCAUAUAAAUACUGAUACGCAUAUGAGAUUUAUUGGAGUGCUGGGCCAACACAGCAGCUGGGUUUGACGUUCCGUCUUGGGUGAAUAAACAAGAAGUUUGGUGUGAGGUAGAGGAUUUCCUUGUGAAAGGGCAGAAUUUCUGUUGCUUUUCGGAUGGAAUCGAAUGUGAGAAGGAGUCUCACGGCAGACAAGCUCAAACAACAUGUCCGUGAAUCCUUUGAACACCUCCGAAAAGCCCUGGCCAUCCGGGAAAAACUUCUGCUGCGCCAGGUGGAGGUCCUGCAGAAUCAAACUCAGCAGAAACUGUCGAUAGAUGAAGUGAAAUUUAUCCCUGAGAAUGAGGAAGCCGUGAUAAGCAGUAUCAGGGAGUUUGGAAAGUUCAAUUUAGAAAAUUAUAAUUUUGCCAAUGAUCUGCUGGCCAAUGAAGAUUACAUAUGUCCUGCGAAUGACCAUGAGACUCUGCACAAGUAUGUGAGUGAGGAGAAAAGUACUCCGGAUAUUGAUUUUAGCAACAACAGAACCAUAAUUACGGAGAAUGCAAAUUAUCUGAAUGAUUCCAUCAUCAAUAUCAUCUUGAGUGAGUCAAAGGAGUUAAUUGAGGGGCGAAGGGAGCAAAAUGUGGGAACCGUGGAGACCAAAUCAAUGGAAAGUAAACAGGAGGAGACACCUAGUAAAUCGAUAAAGUGCUGCGUGUCCAAUAUGACCAUAAAUCGGUGCUCUGGAACGCUGAAUCUCAAGAAUAUAUCGUAUUUGACCAUCAAUACUACAUGCAAAGCCACUCCAGCUGCUUCUACUAGUCUCGAGGACACACCAAAUCCUCAUACUUGCUCUAUAGAAACAUCCAUUGAUGCCCAGACUGAACAUCCUGGUCAGAUUCAGCAAUGGCUGAAACAAAUAAUUUCUGAAACUGAAACAGAACCCAUUCCUAGUGAUGAUAUCCUUGAACACAGUCGCAUUGAUACACAGUGAGUCCUCUAGCCUUUCUCCUGCCUCUAUCCUAAAGGAAAACAACACCUUUACAGGUCUUUUUUUUUUAGUUAAAAUAAUAUCUAUAAUUAUUUUUGAUACCUUGCGUAGUAAAAUCUAUCAAAAAAUUCUAUACAUUUCCUCUCAAUUUGCAUAAAUCAUACAAUAUUUUAUGCUUAGUUCCUUUAUCUUCAUCAGAACAUCUCCCAGGACAUGUUUGUUGAAGAUUUCAACACAGAGAUACUUAACACUUUGAGCUCAAAGCCAAUUGCAUUUUUUUUAGGAGAGAUGAUACUUUUCCUUCUAAAAUAGUAAUGAAUCUUGAAUUUUUGUUAUUUUUUGUAAAAUGGGAAGCAUUUCUAAAGAGAUACAAUGCAUCUAAUUUUUUUUAAUACAUUUUUGUUUUUCUCAAAUUUUGAGAAACGAUAUAUUUUUUCUUAAUAUAAAGAUUGCAGAAAUUUUGCUUUUGCUUUGUUUUUUUCUCAAUUUUUUUUUUAAACUUUUUUCAUUCCUCAGAAAGUCUUAUGAAGGGAGUUUUUGAUUUUUUUUGGGACUUUUUAAAAAAAUCCUUCAAGUAAAAGGGCUUUGAAAGACAGAGUUGCUAAAGCGUAAAGUAUUUUUUUCUAGUUUAAGAUAGAGAUGUUCACAAAAACAAUUAAAGUCAGAUAAUCUUGCAGUAUUAUAAACACAUAUUCCAUUGCGCAUUCCAUAGCACUUAAAAUAUUUUUUUAAGGAUUGUGGUUUUAAUAAAAACAAUAACGUAUAAACCACGCAGACGAUUUUACUUAAAAUUUUGACAUAAUGCUAAGGUAAAUCAUAAAUCUUCACAAAUGAUGAAGAUUUACUAAUUUAAGAAUCUUCCUGUAGUAUUUCUAAUGAAGAAUUUACUAGUGAAUAAUUAUAAAGAACUUAAAGGAUACAUUUAAUAAAAUAACGUGAUAAUUAAAGGUUUUCAAUUUUUCUUUACUGGGUUUUAUUUAUAAAUAAAAAAUUCCUAAUAAAAUUUCUCGCACAAAAAACCAUUCAGCACGAAUAUAAACAAAUGAAACCCAUAGUUAAAAUAGCUGUAACCAUUUUUUCAGUUGAGUAUUUUACUAGCGUUUGCUACUUAGAGAUAUAUUGUGAUUUAGAAAUGAAAAAAAUAAAA